AUGAAGCGACGCGAUAGUCAGCGUUCUUCAACAAUAACAGAGGGAACAAACUCUUUAUCGGCGCAUUCCUUGUCUAUGUCGACAAAUUUGAAUUCUCACGGUGUAGAGAAGUUUACUAUGCAGCCUCAUGACCUUGGACUUCACUAUGAUUACAGGUUCGACCCAAAGGUUCCGCUUGAAAUGAUUCCAGAGUUGAAAACAAGAUUUGGUGUGAUACUUCUUCCUCAGCCUACAAAUUCAAGAAACGAUCCAUUUAACUGGGCAUGGUACAGGAAAGCUGUGCAUUUCCUAAUAUUAAUGAUUCUUACUGCAGUCACUGCAGCAAUCACAAACAAUGCGUCGACACCACAGGAGUCUAUAAACGACCUCACUGGAAUAUCAUACGAUGCUCUCAAUAACUCUGCCGGUGUUUUAUUUAUAUCAAUUGCAAUUUCGACUUGGCUUUACGCUCCUUUGGCAUCACUUUGUGGAAGAAAGCUAUCCUUUCUUAUUGGAAUGCUUUUUGGCAUGGCUGGAUCCAUAUGGUAUGCACGGAUGCAGAAUGUAGGCGACAGUUUUGGGUCACAAUUCUUAAUUGGACUAUCGGAAGGAUGUACUGAAGCGCAAGUUCAGCUUUGUCUCAGUUCCAUAUUCUUCAGGCACCAGGUUGGUGCCGUUAUUACAAUUUACGUUCUCUCCUAUUCACUAGGAACAUAUUUAGGUCCACUAGUGGCAAAUUAUGUUUCAGAGAACUCCAGUUUCCGCUGGGUCGGAUGGGCAAACGCGAUUGCCAGUGGAGUGUCUCUUUUCAUUGUGAUAUUCCUUUUUGAAGAGGAUAGUUUUAAUUACACGAGAUUCAAGCACCAUACGCGUGAAGCCAUAUUAAACUUCUCUUUGGCACAACAUGGAAUUGUGAGCAAUGAUGAUGAUCUUACGCUCGGAUAUUUUGACAAGAAUUGGCCCCUUUGGAAACGCUUGGCACCAGUGAAAGAGUCAGCCGAAAGGAUUUUACGGUCUCCUCGUGAGUUCCUCACCUCAUACUUUAGGUUGCUUUAUUUCAAUGUGAAGUGCAUCUGGUUUCCUCCAGUGUUGUUUGCAGGAAUAAUAUGGGGACUUCAAAACGCAAUACUCACUUUUUACUUAACCACUGAAGACACUUAUUUUUAUUCUGCACCAUUCAAUUACUCAUCUGAAACAGUUGCAUGCAUGAAUAUCCCGCUUAUAAUCGGAUCGACGAUCGGAUGCAUUUACUCAGGCUCGCUCACUGACUAUUUUGUGCUUUGGCUUGCCAGAAAGAGACGUGGAAUUGUGGAAUCUGAGUUCAGACUUUUAUUCCUGUUUCUUUCAGGCAUGAUUGGCGCAGCUGGACUACUAAUGUUCGGACUUGGAGUUGUUGAGCAGCUUAACUGGCGGGUCUUUUACAUUGGGCUUGGCUUCAUUGGCUACAUGUUUUCUUCCGCAAGUAAUAUUUCAAUGCUCUAUGUGUUGGAUACAUAUGACGAGCUUAUAUUAGAAACAUUGGUUGCAGUUGCCUUUAUUAAUAAUCUUCUGGGUUGCAUUUUUACUUUUGCAUGCUCUCCAUGGCUCCAACAUGCAGGAACGAAAAACACAUACAUUGCGUUGGCUGCAAUUACACUUGGGCUGACUUUGAUUACCGUGCCAUAUCUGAUCUGGGGUAAGAAGUGGCGCAAAAUGACCAAAAGCUCGUACAAUGAGAUGAUUGAGGUCAGAAUGAAGGAGAACAAGGAGACGGAGAAUGAGAACAAAGAAGAAGAAGGAACAGAGAAGGAGCAGGAACAAUAA